AUGUGGAAAUGUCAUAAAUGUGGAAAACCAGUUUACUUCGCCGAAAGAAAACAGUCUUUAGGUUAUGACUGGCAUCCUGAAUGUUUGAGAUGUGAGGAAUGUCAAAAAAGAUUAAAUCCUGGUCAACAUGCUGAGCAUAAAGGAGUUCCUUAUUGUCAUGUACCAUGUUAUGGAGCCCUUUUCGGUCCUCAGUUGUUUGGCCAUGGAACAAGAGUUGAAAGUCACACAAGUUUUGGAAAAGUUGAAAAUAGGGCUUAUUGUAAUACUCCAAGAUCUCAUUUAGAACAAAAAUUAAAAACUUUUAAUGCCUUUUACGAUGGUAAAAAUGGUAAAAGUUGUGAAAUAAGAUCUAGAGAAGUAAAUGGUAGACUUGUGCUUGAAGGUGCCUUGAGAAUUUAUUGGGGAGUUCUUGGUAUGAUUCAUUUAAAAGAAGAUGAUGAUCAAAGAACUGUUGUCACUGUUAGAAAAAAAAAUUCUUAUAAAUAUGGACUAAAUGAUGAUAAUAAUAGUGAUUCAGAUAGUGGAGUGCCAGAACAAAUUACAUUACAAAAUACUGAAACAAUUAGUGAUAGCAAAACGCAAACAAAAAUGAAAAAUGAAUUUGCUACCCUUCCUACAAAAUUAGAAAAUCUUCCAGGGAAUUGGGAUGAAUUAGACAACUUACUUCAAAUAGAAAGACAUGUUGAUGAUAAAGAAAAAUUAUAUCAAACAAUGCCUCCUGGAGUCGCAUUAGAGCCUUUUAACGUAUCAAAUGAAGUGAAUUCGAAACAAAAUUCAACUGAUUUUGGCUGUGAGGAAUACGAAGACAAAACAUUACUUCCUAAUAGGAGUGCAGGUGAUUCGAGUAACUCAACACCUGAUUCUGGGCCUUCACAAAGUACCGAUUCCGAUACUUAUUCUUCUAAUUUCGAGAGAUCUGUCGAAGAGGGUACUUUAACUAGAAGUAUAUCUGGACCGGACUCUUACAAUUUUGAUCAAGUAAGCGAAGACUACGAAAACCUUUCGCUUAAAAUCAAAAACGUUUUGAGGAGUUUGAGUACACCGGAAGAUUUAAAAAGUGGUGUAAAUAGAAACAGCAGCUUUAAUUAUUCGGAAAACAGUUACCCGAUGGGUAAUUUUCCAUACGACGACAGUUUAAAACGGUAUUUAAAUGCAUCUUAUCAUCAAACAAGUUCGGAUCCUUCCGUGGAUCCACCGGUAGUUUUUAGAAAACCCAAAGGUUCGACGGCCAUAAAAAGAAGAACGGGUAAAAGGCGUUCGAGAACAAAAUUGAAAAGGCGUUGUUCGAUAAACGGUCAUUUUUACAAUAGGGAAACUAGUUUUUUUAAACCGCCUCACGGUAGUCAAAUGUCAGUGUGGGUCACUUCUUUGGUUUCCACCGGAGAAGUCAUUAAUAAUUUAUUGGAAAAAUAUAAAGUCGAUUGUCAACCUGGAAAUUUUGCUUUGUUCGUCGUUCGCGACAACGGAGAGCAAAGACGACUUAAAGACGAUGAAUAUCCACUUUUGGUUCGCGUCAUGUUGGGUCCUCACGAAGAUGUUGCCAAAUUGUUUCUCAUGGACGCACACAGCACGGAAGAAAUCUCAUCGGACGUGGCACAAUUUCUUAAUUUAAGCGUGGCCGAAUGUCAGAACAUUUUGGAUCGGUACGAAGACGAAGAGGAAAGACAAGCCAAACUUAUUAGACUUAAAUUUAGAGAAUUGAAGAAGAGGAUAAAAGAACGGAUGGAAGAAUUAAAGGUGAGAUUAUGA